AUGCCAAACGUCACGUCCAUGCGAGGGAUGAGCGCAAGCGGGAUGCGCGGGUCGAUCUUGUUGAAGACGGGCGUCUUGAUGCAACACCGAGGGUCGAUCGGCGUCUGGUACGUGCGAAAGUCGAGCGGCGAGAGCGCGGCGGCCGAGUCCAGAGGGCUCGACGUCGACGCGCUGUCGUCGUCUUCGUCUUCUUCAUCGUCGUCGUCGUCGUCGCUGAGGUCGGCGGCCAUGUCGACGUCGUGGCCGAGAAGGGCGUCGAGGUCCAUCUCGGUAAACGUCGGCACGUCGCUGAAGCCAUCGUCCUUGGCUUGCGCCUUGGAGAGCGACUCGAUGAGGUCGGUGAAGGCAUCGAUGUCGUUGGCAGUCUCUUCGUCGUCGACGGCGGAGAGGAGCUGCGCGAACUCGUCAAUGUCGUUGGCCGCGUCGGCGUCGUCCAGCUCGAGCGAGUUGGCGAGCGCGUCUUCGUGGAAGGCCACGCUAGUGGGCCCAAAGAGGGCGUGGGGCGCGUGGAACGUCGUAAAGUCGGAGUCUUGGGUUGAGGAUCUCAAGGGGGCACAGGCCAUCGCGGCGUUGGCAACUACUGCUGCAUCAUCGUCGGGGGGGGGUUACCAAAAAGCAAGCGCUGGAUCAUUUAUUCGGACAUCAUCUUGA